AUGGCAGAUAUCCACCGACAUCUGGCGGCCAGAGGAGUCAAAUUCAUCCUGGGAUCGGAAGAGGGAAAGGUCGUUAGACUUAUGUACAGCAACAACGACAUUCCCACUGAGCGACAUCGCACAGGAUUCCAAGUGGCCAGUGGAAAGAUCCAUCACUCUCGACGUAAAAUCAUUUGUCUAGGAGCCUGGGUGGCAAACCUUGUUCCGAGACCCCAAUGUGGUUGCCAAGUGUUUGUCGCCCACGUCCAGCGGACUGAACGAGAGUGCGACUACCUCCGGGGAAUCCCGGUCCUCAAGGUUCGAGAUCUUGGAUUCUUCUUUGAACCAGAUCCGGCCACUAGUUUGCUCAAACUGUGUCCGCUCGGUUCUGGAUACAUCAAUUCGGAAAAGAGCGCUGGGCGAUCUUUGCCACCACGAAACCACCGCAGACACUGA